GGCGGGAGCACCUCCGCUCGCCACCUGGGGACCCGCGCCGCGCUCCCCGCCCCCGCCCGCCCGGCGCCCAUCCCCCGCGCCCUCCGCUCGCCGGGGUUAUAAUUGCCUCUCACCCCCCGGAGGGGUUAUUUUGGGGGUGGUUGGAGGCGGCGGCGGCGGCGGCGAGGAGGGGAAUUUCCUUGUGCCUCCAUUCCUGGGAGGGGGGAGCGGCGUCGGAGGCCACCGUUUCCAGGAAUGAAAAGGAUGGACUCCUAUCAUAAGAAAAAUCUGUAGGAGAGAAUUGAAAGAAUUCUGGACCAAGAAUCAAGACAUCAGCAACAGCAACUUGUGAUUGGCGGUACCGGAUAUUCAGUGGUACAUCCCCACAUCAAUGCACUGCCAAUGAUGAGGAGACUGAGGCCUUGGACUAGAACAGAGGUCUCCUGACUCAGUCCAGGUCUAUCACAUCAUGCUGCCUGAUGUUUGCUUAUGGGACUCAGCAACAUCACUUACGGGGGUUAUAUCCUGUGUUGUGACCUCAUGGUUUAAGUGGGAAUAAAGAUGAGUAUAAGCAGUGAUGAGGUCAACUUCUUGGUAUAUAGAUACUUGCAAGAGUCAGGAUUUUCUCAUUCAGCGUUUACCUUUGGUAUAGAAAGCCAUAUCAGUCAAUCAAACAUAAACGGUGCCCUUGUCCCACCUGCUGCAUUGAUUUCCAUCAUCCAGAAAGGUCUACAGUAUGUAGAGGCAGAAGUUAGUAUUAAUGAGGAUGGUACCUUGUUUGAUGGUCGACCAAUAGAGUCCCUGUCACUGAUAGACGCCGUAAUGCCUGAUGUAGUACAAACAAGACAACAAGCUUACAGAGAUAAGCUUGCCCAGCAACAAGCAGCAGCUGCUGCAGCUGCUGCAGCUGCCACAAACCAACAAGGAUCUGCAAAAAAUGGAGAGAACACAGCAAAUGGGGAGGAGAAUGGAGCACAUACUAUAGCAAAUAAUCAUACUGAUAUGAUGGAAGUGGAUGGGGAUGUUGAAAUCCCUCCUAAUAAGGCAGUCGUGUUACGGGGCCACGAAUCUGAAGUUUUCAUCUGUGCCUGGAAUCCUGUUAGUGAUCUCUUGGCAUCAGGGUCUGGAGACUCUACAGCAAGAAUAUGGAAUCUUAGCGAAAAUAGCACUAGUGGCUCAACACAGUUAGUGCUUAGACAUUGUAUACGAGAAGGAGGACAAGAUGUCCCAAGCAACAAGGACGUGACAUCUCUAGAUUGGAAUAGUGAAGGUACACUUCUAGCAACUGGUUCAUACGAUGGGUUUGCCAGAAUAUGGACUAAAGAUGGUAACCUUGCCAGCACCUUGGGGCAGCAUAAAGGCCCUAUAUUUGCAUUAAAAUGGAAUAAGAAAGGAAAUUUCAUCCUAAGUGCUGGAGUAGACAAGACUACAAUUAUUUGGGAUGCACAUACUGGUGAAGCCAAGCAACAGUUUCCUUUUCAUUCAGCACCAGCAUUGGAUGUUGAUUGGCAGAGCAACAACACCUUUGCUUCCUGUAGUACAGAUAUGUGCAUUCAUGUCUGUAAAUUAGGACAAGACAGACCUAUCAAAACAUUCCAGGGACACACGAAUGAAGUAAAUGCUAUCAAAUGGGACCCAACUGGCAAUCUCCUGGCCUCCUGUUCUGAUGACAUGACUUUGAAGAUAUGGAGUAUGAAACAAGACAAUUGUGUCCAUGAUUUGCAAGCACAUAAUAAAGAAAUUUAUACUAUCAAGUGGAGUCCAACAGGGCCAGGGACAAAUAAUCCAAAUGCCAACCUUAUGUUAGCAAGUGCAUCCUUUGAUUCUACUGUUAGAUUAUGGGAUGUAGACCGAGGAAUUUGCAUCCAUACUUUGACAAAACACCAAGAGCCUGUGUACAGUGUAGCUUUCAGUCCUGAUGGCAGGUAUCUGGCAAGUGGUUCUUUUGACAAAUGUGUGCACAUCUGGAACACACAGACAGGUGCUCUAGUUCACAGCUAUAGGGGAACAGGUGGAAUUUUUGAAGUUUGCUGGAAUGCAGCAGGAGACAAGGUUGGAGCCAGUGCAUCAGAUGGUUCAGUUUGUGUUUUAGACCUUCGGAAAUAGCGCUACUAGUUGGAAGCCAUGGACCGACUAUGAAUGUGUACAUAGCCAAAAUGACUGUCCCUGACCCACGUACUGCUAUAGUCCCACUUGAACCAUGGCCAGUCCACUACAGCCAAAUCUAAAAGAAAUAUAUACAAACAGUGUAUAUAAACAAAAUUGCACCCUGAAGAUGACAGAAUUUUGUCACAGCUUGUGAAUUCUGUUCACCAAGUGCUGGAAUCUAAUCUGCUGUGCCCCUAAAAUAGCAUUUAGAAGUUUUGGAUGUGAAAACAGAAGAGAGAAAGAAAUAUGCAUUAUAAAAGCAGCCCAUACAUGUACCAGUUUUGGAUACUAUGACAGCCUUGUUUCUCCCCUUUGAAUCAGCAGACACCAUGGAUUAUAUUCUUUUUUUCCCUUCAGUAGUCGAGCAGUUUGUAUGUACAGAGAAAAUGGACUUAAAAAAAAACUUGCAGCAGUAGUUUGUUCUUGCUUUUAAACUUUGUUUUUGGUUUAGUUUAUGGAUGCAUGAAGUAAGGGAGUGAAUCAGUUUCUUGUUUAUAUUUUUUUCACCUUUAAACAAAAAAAAAUCUUAAAAAUAUUUUAAUGCAUUCUUUUGAAAAGAUAAAUGUUUGGUACAUUUUAUGGCUCCCAGAGCAUAUAUCAAUUGGUGCAUGUUGUGGAAGGGGAAAUUGGAAAUUAAAUGAAAAUAUAUGACUUGGGUCACGUCAAUCUGUAAGACACAUCAGUAAAAGGGUAUUAUGCUCUGGUUUUUUUUGUUUGUUUCAUUUUUUUGUUUGUUUUUUGGUGAUGUGGCUUAAAUGCGGUAGUUUCUUUUUUGGGACAUAUUUCUGCCAAUUAAAGACUAGAAGGGCACAAAAUUUUUUUUAAAUACCAUAGAGAAGAUACAUAAAAAUAAAAUCUUCUGAUGUUUUGUAGCCAUAACUAAAUUAUGGUUAAAAUGUGCACUAUUGUUAAAAGGAGCAAAGUAGAUUUGGGUUUUUUUGUUGUUUGUUUAUUUGUUUUGCUUUGUUUUUUAAGAGAUUAAACUGUUUCUGGAUAAGGAUUAGCUUCUCAAAGUGUCCAUCAUUCUGUGUAGAAGCUUAAAUAUGUAAUGUAACCAAACUCCAGUAUUAAAAAUCUCUCAUGUUAUUUUUCUUUAUACAAAGCAAGAUAACGGCAUAUAACACUGCCAUUACAUGGCAAAAUGUUAGCUACCUUAGUUUAAAAACAAUCUUUAAAACAAAAGACUUGCUUCAAGGUAUUUUUAAAUAGCAGUGAUUCCGAUUUAUUUUUUUUUUUAAGUAUAAUUGCACUAACCUCCCUGCUGCUUUGAUUCUGCAUUUGUGGUACUUGUGACUACAUUUUUUUUCAAAUAUUGAUAGAUUUAAGCUGCUAUUUUUUUUUCUAAUAAUCACUACUAUAUCAUGUCUUUUACUCUGUUCAUAAUAUCAAGUAUUUUCUUAUCUAGGUAUCAGAUCAAACCUCCUCUUGUGCUCAUGCAACUAAAAACUAAAACUUACAGAAUUUACAAAUGAUAGCAUGGGUCUGUGUUUAUAUGUGUGAUUAACAGGUUUGUCAUGAUUAAGGUAAGAAUCAGAAGUGUCAAUUUUGAAGAGAAUAGUUGUCAAAUUUAUAUUUCCAAGAUUUCAGUUAAGGAAUCACUUAUUAUAUCCAACAGCAAAUUUAUAACACUAUUUCUGUCACUAAUUAUUUUGAGGCCUUUAUUACUAAAAUUUUAACCUGUGUUUUAAGUAGAAACGGAUUUAACCCAAGUAAUGCAGCUUUGAUUUUCAGCAUUUGUUGUUUUGCUAUUUUUACAAAGCAGCAUUGAUUGAAGCAAGUCUUGGUUUUACUAAGGUAGGAUAGCAUUUGCUAUUGGUAAAGAAAAUUAAUAUACUUAAUUCCAUAAUACAUUGUUAUAUGUACCCCAGUUGUUGUUAGUGGGCACUAUGAUACUGUAAUAAUAUUUUUAAAAUUUACAUCCAGAAAGGCAGUCAUUCAUGAUGGUUUUGUGCCAGCUGUUUUUAGGGUUUUGGAUCAUAUUAUAGAUAUUUAGAACUAUUACCCUGUGACUUAUGUAGGAAACCUAAUAUGCUGAGUAUCUGGCACUUGAAAUCCUGCUUUUAUUGCUGGAGGUCCACAUCUGUGGUUGACCUCUGUUGUUGUUUUAAAAAAAUAAAUAAAAAUAAAAAAAUCUGUGCAAUAAUUUUUAAAUGUGCUCCCAGGAAUAGACACAAAUGUUUUGAGUAUGUUUAAGCUGCAUUUUCCUUUAGCGAUGCAUUUGUCAAUUGCACUGAAUUUAAAUCUGAAAGUCAGAGGUGAUUAUUGAUAGUACUUUUGUAUUUUGAUAUGGACAAUUUAUUCAUUUGCAUACAGUUAUUGACUUUUUUUCCCAGCUGAUUAAAAGAUAGUCAAUAAGUUCUGCAAUAUAGCUGCCAAAAUAGACAGCUACGUUUUUAUGGUAUUGUCAGCUUUUCUGUUUUUUUUUUUCUUUUUUAAAAAAAAAUCUUUUAGUAGCUAUUUUACUUAAGCAUAAUAGCCACAAUAGGACAUAUAAAAGAUUAUAAAUACAGAGCUUUAUUAUCCUGAUGUCUUGGGUCUUUUAAGUAUAAACUUUAUCUGGAAGGUAUCCAUUUUGUAGGCUUGGGUUCUUCAUGAGCAUACAAUUGUUUAUUUUUGCUGCUGUUCUCAACAUCAUCAUUGCCUGCUGAUGUGCCACGAUGCUGCUCCAGUAGACAAAAAUCAGAUUGCCUCUAAUGUAAGCAUAACAUGACUGUAAGAGACCAAUUUUCACAGCCUGUAAAGUUCUAUAUUUGAGAUUCUUGUUCAUUUUUCCUUCUACUUUUUUUCCUAAGAACUUAUUCCUGAAGAUCACCCAGUGAUUUUCUGUGGUAUUCAUUGUAUAUCAUUGUUGUAUAGGCUACUGUAAGAAACUUAUCAUAAAGAAAAAUAGGAGGGAAAACUUGAAGGACUAGAAUACUCAUCAAUUAAAAUAGAAUAAAGAGCAGCUGUCACUCUUAAACAUCAUAAAGGAAUAUCUUUUUUCUUCUCCAUGUAGGAAAUCCCGUAAGUUCUUAUAUGUGUUCCAAUCCCCAUAUCUUAUCGUUGAUCAGGCACCAUCAUUGGCUUUCAAAUGACUUUUAGAAGUGGUAACCUAUAUUUCCUAAUAGAUCUUAGAGUGUAUUGAAUUCUGUUUUAAUUAAUUAUUCUCUAGGUAAGUAUGUUUUAGGAUUAAACACCUUUUACAGAUAACUGAAAGUGCCUCCUUUUGUGGUGUAAAAAACAAAUUAUGGUGCAAAAAGUAAUCAUUAGGUUGAAUUACAUGAAGGUUUUUUGCUUUUCGACAUAUAAAAAUGUCAAGAGAAAGGCCAAAGAUUUGUACAUUUUCACUUAUAAAGCACUCCUUUUUUCCUUAAACUUCUUUCUGUCAAAUUAGAUUUAAUGAUAGAGUACUAUUUUUAAGGAGCUGUUUAUGUAGAAUGAUUUUGUUACGAGUAAUGUAAACUAUUAUUGAGUAGAGGCCUGAGGAGGAGUAUGCAUUUUUGCUAUUUAAAGGAAUCACAAAUGACCAUCCUUAUGUAAGCAGAGGAGCAGAAAAAUAAAUUUCAAAUACAGAGCUAUUUACUCAAGACAGUUUUCGUUUUCUUCAGCACAUUGUACAUUUCUAUAGACCCCACGCUUUUUCUCACAUGCAAAGGAUAGUCCUUGCAUUGGAUGAAUUACUGUUGACAGUCCCCACAGAAACCCUAUUUCAGUGGACCAACAUUGUGGCAUGGCAGCAAAUGCCAACAUUUGGGGGAAUAGCAGCAAAUCUACAAGAGACCCUGGUUGGUUUGUGGGUUUUUUGUUUUUUUUUUCCCCUUUUGAAUCAGCAGGGAUGGAAGGAGGGUAGGGAACUUAUGAAUUACUCCUUCUGGUAGUAGCUCUGAAGUGUCACAUUCAAUAUCAGUUGUUUGUUUGUUUUUAACAUGAUUCUAGUUAAUGUAGGAGAGAGAGAGAAAAAAGAGGAAGUGUUCACUUUUUUAAUACACUGAUUUAGGAAUUUGAUGUCUUAUACCAGUAGUUCUGAAGUAUUAAUAGCAUUCUUUAUUUCUGCCUUUACGUUGACAGUGUUGAAGCAGGGUGAAUAAGGCUUCCCCCCCUCCCCCCCGUAAGCUGUUUCAUGAUGUUUUCUUUGGAGUUUCUGGAUAAGUUAAAGAAAACAUUCUGCAUGUUGUAUCUAGUCUAAUGUACUUAUCCAUCUCGUUAAAAACAAAAACAGACUGCAUUUUGUAGCUCUGUAAUCCCCAAAUACAGAAGUAAUUUUCUUCUUUCCUGACUUUGACAUUUAUCUAUAAUGUUCUAAUUUUGAUUUUUACAAAUCCUUUGGGUCUAAUUCUGUGAGCCUACCUAUAGCACUGGAUUAAAAUGUCUGCAUCAUUUCUUUAGUUAUCCAGUUAACUUUAAAACUGUUGUAAAAGUGUAAACCAGCCCAUGACAGUUUUUUGUACAUGUUAAAGAACUUUAUUGUUCAGUUUUCAUGAUUAUUGUGUAAGGAAGACUGAUUAUAGAUGUUCUAUGCUGUCCUGGACCAUGUUAAUUACACUUAUGAUGUCUUUUGGUUCCACAUCACAAUGAUUUGUCCCCAAUGACCCUUUUAUCCUUUCUAGGCACAUUUUUUUGUUGUUGUUGUUGUUGCAGUUUCCCUUUGCAUUGUAUUGCUUUGACAACUGUAAUUUGAAUCAGAUCUGAAAGAGGUCCAGAAUAAAAUAUAUUUUGAUAUUAUGUUGGCUGUGUACAUAUAUAAAACCUUUGAUAAUCUAUGUAGUUUGUAUAGACUAUUUAGUCAAGUAAAGAGAGAGGGAUGCUAUUUCUUGUUUACAAUUUCUUGUUUACAUUUUAAUUGCAUUUACUUCUCCAGUGUUCUAUUGUAGAAUAAACUUUUUUGCUCUAAGUUAGUUUUCAUAACAUAUAACAUGCCUGUUCUCUCCCAUACUGGUGUUACCAAUUAUAACAACUGCCAUCAGAAUCUAAAGGACGGUUUUCAUAAAUACAGUUUGCCAAGAUAUGUACAUUAAAGUAAACCCAUAGAUAAAAUUACAAAUUUUACUAUUUUAUUACUUCUCGGAGGAGAUAAGAUUUUUUAAAUGAAGGGAUUAUUUACUAUUUUUAUUAAAGAAUAAUAGAGCAUUUAGUCAGCUAAGGAAUAGGAAUUACUUUUGAAUUAUUUUGAAAAAUCAAUAUUGUAUUUAGAGGACAUUGUUUCACAAAUUCAAACUGAAAGAGACCUCAGAUUCAUUUGCUUAGCAUGCAGUUGAGCACAAAACAAUAUGUUGAAGAUUUUUAGGGCAGGAUGCUCAACUUCUUUAAUGACACAGUUUUCUGCAUAUAAACUUACUAUGAUGUAAUAAUUUUCUUCCUUGGCUAGUAGCUUAUGUUGCUAAUGAACCUUAUAAUCUAUUAGGAAAGAUAGUAGGCCCCUUCCAGUUUUAAUUACUCCCAGCUCCUGUAGAGUUACUUAGAGACUUUUUGAAAGAAUCAUUGAUCAUAGUUGUUUUGUUUUGAUUUGUUUUGUUUUGUAAAAGCUUGUAUUCUCCAAGCCUUUUACCUUUCCCUUCCAUUUCCUUAAGCAGAAACUAAUACAGGCAUAGCCUUGUCAUGUUUUAUUAAAUGAUAAGCUACUGCAGUUGCUAGAACUUUUUGACAGGCUUUGAUUUUCAGAGGGUUAACUUUUAUUGCAUGGCAUAGAUUGUUAUAAUAAUAUUCUGCAUUUUACACUUGUUCAAAAAGUAUCGGUCUACUAAGGAUUAUAAUCCAUAAAGCUUGAGGUAAAGCUGAAAUCAAUUCGAGUAAUCAUAGAAGGGGUUAUUUUUAAUUUCAUAGCUUUUAUACUUUACAGUAGAUCAGAUAUCUUACCUAUGAUAAUACAUAGAACAUCAGAUUAAAGUUCACUGUUUCCUCAGUAUAUUCAUUUGCAAAAUGCAGUGGAGGAAAAGACACUAUGGACAGUAGUUUUAUGGUGCUUUCUCUCUGCUGUACCAAAGUGCUCUGUCAACAAUGAAAUGUUAACCCUAUGCUACUUUAUCUGCAUGUUUCUUCUCAAAUGUCAUAUUCAAUGCUAUUUGUCCUAACUUGUAAUAUUUUUGUAUUAAAUUUUUUAGGAGUUCCUUGUAA